CUACAGACAGUCGUACAACGGCAGCAUAUAACACCAGUCGCAAGUCGCGGAGUGGGCGCCCGAUCUCGUCGAGAAACACUCCAAACAGAAGCAACCAGACAACAAAAAAAACUACAACUCAAGUGAUCUUACAAGAUGUUCAGCCGUCAACAGCUAAUGCUCAUCUGCCUGGGUCUGCGAGUCCUUAGCUGCCUUUCGCUGCCGACUGAGAAGUCUGCGGACAUCGAGGAGGAUGUGAUCAGCAUAGACAAUCAGCCGCAAAAAGUGAUACGUGUGCAUCCGCAGGACCUGCCCUCGAAGAAGGAUCACACCGGCGCCAAUAUGAACUCGGCUCUCUUCCAGAUUCAGACCCUGCGACCGGUCACGAGCACCGGCAAUCGGAAGUACGUGGACUCGAAGGAGAUGCGGAUGCGCAUGAGGAAGCGUCGCCCCAGGCCGGCCACUGACGAAAACGAAGCAACAGAAGCAACUAAAGUUCAUCCCCCCCAAACAGACGCUGAGGAGUAUCUGAAUGGGGACAUGGACAUGGACACGCUGAAGGACAUGGCGAGCCAGUUGCUGCCCGUGCAGAUGACACCCGGCCCCUAUCCCGUCUACUACGUGGGUACGUCCAAGACCAACGGCCGCUUCGGCAAGUUCCCCAUCAAGGCCUUCGGCUCCCCGGCGGAGUUCUCCAAGUAUCUGGUCAAAAGCAAGGCGGAGCCCAUCAGCCGACACCAGCGCGUCGAGGGCUACGUCCGGCGCUGAUCUUGUGAUCUUUUUUGCCUAGUUAAAUUAUAAAUUAUGUAUAAAUUAUUACCUCAAAAGUAAUCACACAAUAAUUGUAAUCGUACUCAUAAACAUAUUCAUAAUUAUAUAUGUAUUUCGAAUUUCGGCUUUCGGCUAAUUGCCGCAAUAAACUCUUACCUGUGCUUAAAUUUAACCAAGA